AUGCCACCAGUAUCUGCAUCAAAGGCUAAGAGAGACGCUAAGAAAGCUGAAAGAGACGCUAAGAAAACUGCUGAAGGUAAAACCAUCAGAAAGCUAGGAAGAAAGAAGGAUGCUACGGUUGAAGAAUCCGAAGCAGAUGCUGCCGCCAGAGAAAUCAAAAUGAUGAAGUUGCAACAAGAUAAGGACGGUCUUUCCGACCGUGUUGUCACCGGUGUUUUGAGUUCAUUGGAGACUUCCCGUGAUAUCAAAUUAUCUUCUGUGUCCUUGUUGUUCCAUGGUAAAGUUUUGAUUCAAGAUUCUGGUUUAGAAUUAAAUUACGGUCGUAGAUACGGUCUUUUGGGUGAAAAUGGUUGUGGUAAAUCCACAUUCUUAAAGGCUCUUGCCACUAGAGAAUACCCUAUCCCUGAGCCUAUUGAUAUUUAUUUAUUGGAUGAACCUGCUGAACCAAGUGAAUUGUCUGCCUUGGACUACGUUGUCACUGAGGCUCAAAACGAAUUGAAGAGAAUUGAAGAUUUAGUUGAAAAAACCAUUUUGGAAGACGGUCCUGAAUCCGAGCUAUUGGAACCUUUGUACGAAAGAAUGGAUUCUUUGGAUCCUGAUACUUUUGAAUCCAGAGCCGCUAUUAUCUUGAUUGGUUUGGGUUUCAACAAGACAACCAUCUUGAAGAAAACCAAGGAUAUGUCUGGUGGUUGGAAAAUGCGUGUUGCGUUGGCAAAGGCUCUUUUUGUCAAGCCAACUCUUCUAUUAUUGGAUGACCCAACCGCACAUUUGGAUUUGGAAGCCUGUGUCUGGUUAGAAGAAUAUCUAAAAAGAUUUGACAGAACUUUGGUUUUGGUGUCUCACUCUCAAGAUUUCUUGAACGGUGUUUGUACCAAUAUGAUUGACAUGAGGGCUCAAAAAUUGACCGCAUAUGGUGGUAACUACGACUCUUACCAUAAGACAAGAUCCGAAUUGGAAACCAACCAAAUGAAACAAUACAGUAAACAACAAGAAGAAAUUCAACAUAUCAAAAAAUUCAUCGCAUCUGCUGGUACUUAUGCUAAUUUGGUGAAGCAAGCUAAAUCCAGACAAAAGAUCUUGGAUAAGAUGGAAGCCGACGGUUUAGUGCAAGCCGUUGUUCCAGACAAGAUUUUUUCGUUCAGAUUUCCACAAGUGGAAAGACUACCUCCACCAGUUCUAGCAUUCGACGACAUUUCUUUCCACUACGAAAGUAACCCAAGUGAAAACCUGUACGAAAACUUGAAUUUUGGUGUGGAUAUGGACUCGCGUAUUGCCCUGGUCGGACCCAACGGUGUUGGUAAAUCCACCCUAUUGAAGAUCAUGACCGGUGAAUUGACUCCACAAUCCGGCCGUGUUUCCAGACAUACACACGUCAAGUUAGGUGUCUACUCACAACAUUCGCAAGAUCAAUUGGACUUGACCAAGUCUGCCUUAGAAUUCGUUCGUGACAAGUACCCUAGCAUCUCACAAGAUUUCCAAUACUGGAGAGGCCAACUAGGUCGUUACGGGUUGACCGGUGAAGGACAAACCGUCCAAAUGGCCACCCUAUCAGAAGGUCAACGUUCUCGUGUUGUCUUUGCCCUGUUGGCUUUGGAACAACCAAACGUCCUAUUGCUGGAUGAACCUACCAAUGGUUUAGAUAUCCCAACCAUCGACUCCUUAGCCGACGCCAUCAACGAGUUCAACGGUGGUGUUGUCGUCGUCUCGCAUGAUUUCAGACUACUAGACAAGAUUGCCCAAGAUAUUUUCGUUGUUGAAGACAAGACCGCUACCAGAUGGGACGGCUCUAUCUUGCAAUAUAAGAACAAAUUGGCCAAAAACGUUGUUUUGUAA